GCAGGCAAAACCGGAAGCUCCAACUUGUCCGGAAACACGUCGUGCCUCGCUUGUAGUCAAGAGCCGUGCCACACGGGAACACGUCCACGCGUCCACGCCACAUCGCCGCACUACGGAACGCGCCAAUUGCCAUGGCGACCGCGUAUGUUGUUGAAGUUUUGCCGCGUUUUCGGACGCUUCGUUUCAGAAGUUUCAAGGAUCGGUUGAAAGGUACGAUUGCUGUCAUGCGGGAGGCGAAUGGCCGAACUGCACGUUUUCGGCCAGAUAUUAGGAGCGAGAGGCUUCGACGGUUCCAACCUCUUCUGCAAGUGGAAGCUAAUCUUCGGUGACGGGUGGACCUUGGUUGAAGGUUGCAAGGAAGGGCAGACCCAGGUGGAUCGGCACCGCUGGGAGGAGGACAGGGCGGUCUGGAGCCACCCCAUCGACGUACACCUCACCACCCGCGGGAUACAAGACUGGCCCCGACUGGUGCUGGAGGUGUGGCGCCAAGACGCAUACGGACGGAGCGACCUGUCCGGCUACGCCAGCUGCCACCUGCCAAGCUCCGCGGGGCGCCACCUGCUCCAGUGCGCCACGUGGCGCCCCCUGGGCUCCCUGUCCGAGGAGACGUCCCGACACUUCCUUGGAGGCAGCCUGCGCCUGGCCGACCCGGACGGCGCGUGCGGGCGGCCGUGCGACCGGUUCCGCCUGCGAGCUCGAUCGUGCGGGACGGUGCACCUGGACGUAUACGUCGUGCAGCGGGACUUCGACAAGUACGGCAUCGAGACGUAG